UCAGCGCGCCUCUGUGGUGACUGAAGGCUGAUUUAUGGUCCGCGUCACACCAACGCAGAACUACGUUGCGCGUCGCUCCGUACCUUUCGCCGUAGGCUACGCCGUCGUUUUAACGCAGAACCAUAAUUCAGCCCUGACUGUCUCCAGCAUCAGCUGGCGGCUCUUAUGUCCCCUGGAUCUGCUCUCACGUUAGGACAACGCUGUUUCCAAGCGUAUUGAUGUUUAUCUGAAAGCUGCACGAGGAUCUACUUUGAAUUUAACCCAAAGCUUAGAAAAACGUUGUUAUUAUUGGAAGAGUAUGGAAAAAGAAAGAAAACCCUCCCAACAAUACGGAGCGCUGGAAAAGACGCAGGUGGACGGAGAGAGGGAGAAAGCAGCGGAGGAUGUGGUGUCGAUGGCCGACUCCACCGUUACCGUCAAGGACAUCGAGGGAGAGCUGUGCAGAAUUGAGCGGAUAAGAAACAUCCUCGUGCGGAGAGAAUCAGAGCUGAGAUAUAUCAGCCACGACCAGUGGUGCUGUUUUCAGCUCUGCAAAGAUAUCACAAGGCUGAAACAGGAGCUGCAGAAACUGGUCUCAGUUCCAGACAAAGACAAGACCAAAGAGGACAGAGAGAGGGAGGACGAGUUGCUGAGGCAGAUCAACAAGCUGGUGGAGACCAGAGACUUCCUUGUGGAUGAUGUGGAGUUUGAAAGGCUAAGAGAAAGAGAAGAAGACAAAGAGAUGGCAGCCUUAUUCCAGUCUAAAUAUCCCAAAGCCGUGGCUGAAAAAGGUGCUCUGGGAGGUCGAUCGGUGGCAUCCAAAUCCCAGCAGACGUCAGUGCCGUUUAUCUCAAAAACUGGGCUAACGCUGCUGAAAGAUUGCUGCGGUUUCACCUGCUCCAUCAUGUAGCUUAGAGUCCAGGGGACUGUGUCCGUGUGUGUGUGUGUGUGUGUGUGUGUGUGUGUGUGUGUGUGUGUGUGUGUGUGUGUGUGUGUGUGUGUGUGUGUGUGUGUGUGUGU